AUGGACCACAAUCACAGCAAUCUUCAACUGCGUCAACAACAUCAGCCGCAGCAUCAACAACAACAUCAGACAUUACCCCCACAGGCACAAACAUUAUCCUCAUCGAUGGCCAUCGCCUGUGCCGAAUGGCUAAAUGCCACCGAAUGUAGCAAUUUCACAUUUGCCAUUGGCAAAAGCCGCGGCAUAGCCACGGUUGCCGCCGCUGCUGCUGCCGAUGGCUUGAAUACCACCCUGCCUCCCGAUAAUCUCGUUGAAAUGGACAUAGAGGCCGAUUGGCCGUUAGAACGAGUUGUAUCCAUGAUUGUGCCUGUCUUCUUUGGUAUUAUUGGAUUUGCCGGUCUACUGGGAAAUGCUUUGGUCAUACUGGUUGUGGUGGCCAAUCAACAAAUGCGAUCUACCACCAAUCUACUCAUCAUCAAUUUAGCCGUAUCGGACAUUCUAUUCGUUAUCUUCUGUGUACCGUUUACGGCAACGGACUAUGUCCUGCCCGAAUGGCCAUUUGGGAACUUGUGGUGUAAAUUCGUACAGUACAUGAUUGUGGUGACGUGUCACUGCAGUGUGUACACGCUGGUGCUAAUGUCAUUCGAUCGAUUUUUGGCUGUGGUACAUCCGGUGACGAGUAUGUCACUGCGUACGGAAAGAAAUGCAACAUUAGCGAUUAUAAUGGCCUGGAUACUAAUCCUAACAACAGCGAUACCCGUGGCCUUGGCACAUUCGGUACGAAUUUAUCAAUUCAAUGGCCACAAUUAUACGGCGUGUGUCUUUUCAUCCGACAAAGAAGUGUGGAGCUUACUGGGAUUUCAG